CAAGAACAAAGAAGAAGGAAAAAGUAGAGCUUUUUUGGGAAUCAGAAUCAUCAUCGAUGGUGAAUCCAAAGCGUGGCAAUAGGUUUUUCAAAUACAGAAUUGUGUAAAUUGCUCUCUAUCUUCUUCUCUUUCAAAUUCUCUUCCUUUUGUUGUAUUCAAUAACUUUUUCCCCACUUUGAUGGGCUGCAACCACAUAUUCUUCUUCUAUCUUUAACUUUUCCCACCAAACUUCUCCUUUUUUUUCUUUUUUUUUGGGUUCUGGGUCUGCUUUUUUGUUGUUGUUGUUGUUGAAUGAAGGUCCGUAAGGGAAGAAGACAGAUGAUUGCGAAAGAGCAAGACGAAUACAAAUUACGCCAACAAGGUCUUGUUUUUCAAAUGGCUUCUCUUUUCCUCUCUUUCGAUUACUCCUUACUCUUCUUUUGGUUGCUCUUCCGCGUUUUCUUAUACGAGAAUCACGAACGAAAACUCCAGAUUUUCUAGCACACCUCUUCUCUCUGCAUCGCCAUCUUGUUUUUUCCCCCAAAUUUUCGAUUUUUUUUUUGUAUAACUUUUGAGAUUCUGAUAGAUCCGGUACGGAGUCAUGUAUAUGGAGAUUUCUUCUGCUUCCGAUGAUUCGAUCGCUUACGUUGAGACAGAUCCUUCUGGUCGCUACGGACGUUUCAGAGAAGUACUUGGCAAAGGGGCGAUGAAGACGGUUUAUAAAGCAUUUGACCAGGUUUUAGGAAUGGAAGUUGCUUGGAAUCAAGUUAAGCUCAAUGAGGUUUUCCGAUCACCUGAGCCUUUACAACGCCUCUACUCUGAGGUUCAUCUCCUCAAGAAUCUCAAUCACGAAUCCAUUAUUCGUUACUGCACGUCUUGGAUCGAUGUCAACCGCAGAACAUUCAACUUCAUUACUGAGCUGUUUACAUCAGGCACCCUUAGAGAGUAUAGAAGGAAGUAUCAAAAGGUUGAUAUCCGGGCAAUCAAGAGCUGGGCACGUCAGAUCUUGAAUGGUCUUGCUUAUCUCCAUGGACAUGAUCCUCCUGUCAUUCACAGAGACCUCAAAUGCGAUAAUAUCUUCGUUAAUGGACACCUUGGGCAAGUUAAGAUUGGUGACCUGGGCUUAGCUGCAAUUCUUCGUGGAUCACAGAAUGCGCACAGCGUCAUAGGAACGCCUGAAUUUAUGGCACCAGAGCUAUAUGAAGAAGAUUACAACGAGCUUGUAGACAUUUAUUCGUUUGGUAUGUGUGUCCUAGAGAUGCUUACCGGUGAGUAUCCUUAUAGUGAAUGCACCAACCCUGCCCAAAUAUACAAGAAAGUUACAUCGGGGAAGUUGCCUGACUCAUUCCAUCUAAUCCAACACACGGAGGCCCAACGUUUUGUUGGUAAAUGCUUGGAAACUGUGUCAAGAAGAUUGCCUGCAAAGGAGCUCUUAGCGGACCCAUUCCUUGCCGCAACUGAUGAGAGAGAUUUGGCGCCUCUUUUUAGAUUGCCGCAACAAUUGGCAAUCCAGAAUUUGGCUGCAAAUGGAACGGUGGUAGAGCAUCUGCCGUCAACGACUGAUCCAACUAGAACAACAGAUAUGUCAAUAACAGGAAAGAUGAACUCAGAAGACCACACCAUCUUCCUUCAAGUACAGAUUCUAGAUGGCGAUGGUCACAUGAGGAACAUUCAGUUCCCGUUCAACAUUUUAAGUGACACACCUCUAGAAGUAGCUUUGGAGAUGGUGAAGGAGCUUGAGAUCACUGAUUGGGAUCCUUUGGAGAUCGCUGCAAUGAUAGAAAAUGAGAUAUCUUUGCUCGUCCCCAACUGGAGGGCCAAUGACUCUUCUAUCCGGCACGAAAGCUUUGGUCAUGAAGAUGAUGAGGACAAUGGCGACACAGAGGGAAGAACGCGCCUUUUCUCCUCUGCUUCUUCCUCUCACGACUCUCCUGUAGCAGUUAGAGAGAACAAUGACGAUUCUAGUAACGAUGUGAUCCCAGAUAUGGAUGAUGGCAAUAGAAGCUCUAACAGGUUGCUGAAUUCUUCAACAUACCACUACUCACCUGCCAUUGAUGAUGAUCAAAAUCAGCAACAACGGAGACGAGUAAGGCUACAACAGAAAAUGAGAUCGCUGGUGGACACGAGAACACAGGUGCUACACCGAUCGCUCAUGGAGUUGAUCAACAAGCGUCGUGGGCGUGGCUUUGACCCGAACACAAACGAGCUACAACCUCAACCGUCGUCCACUGAUUUCAUUCGACGAUGUUGAAAAUAGUAUGAUGAGAGAGCCUAUUUGUGACUCUUUCAUGAUAAAGACAGAUCUUCAUAUUGGUACUAGCAUUUUGAUUUGAUGAUACUAUAUGAAAUAAUUGUUUAGAGUGCUUUGUAUAUAUGAUAUUCUUAGGGAAGUGUUACCUUUUUAGCUCUAUCUCGAUUUGAAAGCGAUGCAAAACCGCUCGAAUUCGAUUUCAAGUACGAAGGUAGCUUCUUCCCUGUGUUAAAGAGACAAUUUAGAUUACAUUUUAUGCAUUUUCCAUU